CCUUGGAGCUGUGUCUGCUCCAAGUGGCAGCAAAGAUCCCCAGUGCUUGGCUGCUGCCUGGGACAUGAAAUGUGUUCUGCUCAGUGCUUGCUCCAACGCACAGCACGUCCACGUCGCCUUCCAUCCAAGACAUCCUCUGCUCUCUGCACAACAGCAGAGCCUCCCUCCUCCUCCCCGGCAAACACGAACAAAGCAGAAAGCAGUAAUUACAGACUAACCGUAAUUGUUAAAUAGAGCCCAAUUAUAGUCAAGUUACAGCACAGUCAGCGUGAGAAAGGAGCAGGGCUCGAGUUCCUGAGGUCGAUGCUUGGGUGUUCCUAUGGGGGCACUGCUCAGACUCACCUUGGUGGCCAUCCCCCUGCACAGCAGUGAUGGCAGAGGGACAACAAUGACCCAGCACAGCUCACUGCAUCCCUGUUAUCUACCGUGAUGUGCAGAAGAAACAACGGAGCAGGUGAUGGGAACCUUUGAUGGAGCCCCCGGUGCCACCCUGGCGCUGUGCCCCAUGGACGGCGUUUUCCUCUCGCCCAACGAGGAUGAGUUCGUGGGGAGGAUCGCGGAGGAGCUGGAGCACUUCAUGCUGCAGGGGCAGCACCACAGGGUGCUCCUGUUCCCCCCUCUGUCCAGCCGCCUCCGCUACUUGAUCCAUCGGACCGUGGAGAACGUGGAUUUGCUGAGCAGCUUUUCAGUUGGGGAAGGAUGGAGGAGGAGGACGGUCAUCUGCCACUCGGCCGUAAGGAUUCCCAGUGAGACCGGCGAGCAAAACCACGCUGCCACCGCGCCACGACCGCCCCGACCCACACAACCGUGGGGCCGCAGUGCACGGGGGGCCCGGCUGCGGCACGGCGGGGACGGGCACGGGGACACGUCCCGAACCUGCGUGGGGUCGGGCAGGAUCAAGCGGCCGCCGCGGAGGAAGCCCGAUAAAGCCCUCUAUGUCCCCAAGGCGAUGCGGAAGAAGGCGGAAUGGGGGGAGCAGGAGGUGGCCACCGAUGGGGCGCGAGAAGGGGAGAUCUGCCCCAAAGCUGCCCUCGGGGGGGAGGCUGAAGGCGGCCCCGGACCCGACGCAGCCAUCGGUGGUGUCCCCUUGGUGUUGGAUGAGCGGCACGAUGCUGGGGAGGAGUCAGGAAGAAGCAAUGGUGGCACAAAUGGUGACCGUCCUCCGCGCUGCACCGAUGUCCCCUGCGUAGAGAGCAGCGCUGAUUCCUCUGGGCUGCGCAGUCAGGAUAAGGACUGUUCAGGUUCCCUCUCUUCCGUACCCAAUGAAAACCCAGCUGAGGCAGAAGAGCAGAGCAAGGGCUGUGAUGACGCUGUUGGACCAGAAGGCAGCAAGACUCUGUGCCAAGACCCUCAGAGCCGCGAUGCCGACGUGCUGGGGUGCAGCAAGAGCUCCCACCUAUUGGAGGAGCACAGCUCUGAUGUUACGUUGGUGCUGGAAAACCAAGAGAAGAGCUGUGCCGUGAGCCCGGAGAGUGGUGGGAACGUGUCACUGCAAGGCGAGGACGGGGUAAGCCCGGUGUUGGAGCUGGGCGAGGGUCCCUCUGGACCAGCAAGUGAAGAUCAGGAGAACUUCAGCGGUGUCCAAAAAGAGCCUGCCCAACACCAGAUCCCAACAGAAGCGCAGGGUCAGGCUCUGGUUGUGUCUGAGCCCGUUGGUGGUGCUGGCCCAUUGGGUCCCAGUGAGCAGGAGGAGCACGGGGUGGACGUGCCCGUGGCCGAGGAUGGGGCCAAGGAGCCCACGGGUUUGGCUGAUGCGCUGCAGCGUGAGCUGCGGUUGCCCAAAGGGGACCAAGAGGAGAAUGUGGCCACCCAGAGCCGGGAGAUCGCCUUCGAGGAUGACUGCACCGCGGAGCUCCUGCAGGAGAUUGUGGGUCAUCUCACCGUGAAGGACGUCAGCGUCGAGAGGAUCACGCUCGAUUAUUCCAGCUACGGCAACGCUCAGGUCCACGAGGGGGAUUUGGGGCACGUCACCGAAAUCUACGACUUCUCCCCGUCGCUGAAAACGGAGCACCUGAUGGAAGCGUUCUCAGAUUUCCAGGAGGGCGGCUUCAAAAUCCAAUGGGUGGAUGACACUCAUGCCUUGGGGAUCUUCUCCAGCCCGUCUGCAGCAUCUCAAGCCCUGGGGCGGCGUUACCCUUCGUUGAAGAUCCGACCGCUGAUCCAUGCAACAAAGCAGUCUAAAAUGAAGGCACUUCAGCGACCAAAACUCCUUCAGCUUGCCAAAGAGAGACCCCAGACGGACACGGUGGUGGCGAGGCGGCUGGUGACCCGUGCCCUGGGGCUGAAGCACCAGCAGCAGUGCGGCUCCGGCCCCGAAGGGCUCCUACCAGAAGGUUUGGACCAGGAGGAGGAGGAGUGAACCGUCUCCGCUCCGAAAACGAUGUGUAGAUGAGCAUGGCUGUGAUAUUAAACUGCAUGCAGAACGGCGAGUUGCCAUGGGGACGUUCUCUUAUGGGUUAGUACCGGUCUUUGCUUUCUGAGAGUUGAGAAGGGAAAAAGUGGAUUGAGAUGCUGAGCUCCGGAGCCCUGCAGUUUGCUCUUUGUGGUGGAGAACACCGUGCCCUGCUCUGUUCCAAAGCAUCUGUACUCUCUGCAGCACGUAAGGAAAUGUCACUUCAUGUUAAAGCCCACUAGGAACUGUUAGGAGUGCACCAGGGUGAGGGAAGGGCAUCUCACUGGCCAAUGUUUGGUUGGAGCAGAGCAUCUGUAGGAGUCAAAAACUGUUCAGUGUUUACUCUGUUGUCAUAUUGUUGUUCAAAUAUCCCACAGUAGUGACAGGCAUUGAGGUUCAGGGUUUUUUUUUUUUUCCCCUCAUUUAAAAGAAGCCUGACUGAGUUGCGCUGUUAGAAAGCAAAGUUGUUAUUUGUUCGUUAGGAAAAGCAAACCAGAACUCAACAGUAGCUCAGCUUGCACAGAGCCCCAUGGCAGGGGAUGCUCUGAGACACCUUUAGUUGCAGCAGCAGCAACAGAGCAUCCCCCAGACUCUGCUUUAGCUGCACCAUCCUGCAUCUCGAGAACAAAAUGGACUUUUCCAACUGACAGGGAGCUGAAAAACCUCUGCUCUGUGUCACCGUCUGCGUCCCUGGAUACAAGAAAUAUUCCCAUAGGCAUUAGCAAGAAUCUUUAAGCCUCACAACAUCCCUGUGAGGUAGGUUUGUGGGUUGAUCCCUGUGGAUUUGAGAUGGUUAAUUGGCAUUAUUCCAUUAGUUCGAGCUGCGUGUCCAAGCCUUCCGUACAAACACAGAGGGAGAAGGAAACUUCAGUACCAGGAGUUGUGAACGAGGCCCUCAGCUGUCGUGGAGUAGAAAUAUAGGAUUUAAAAACAUUUAUUUUUUUUUCCUUCCUUUCUGGGUAAAAACAUUUUAUUCAAGUAGCUGUGUUGGAAUAUCCGUAGCAACGUGCGUCCUCAAACAAACAGAGGAACACACUUAGCACCAUUGUGAAUUGACUAAGUGUAAAAAACAAAUCCUCAAAGCCAACUUGUGCAGGCGGUCAGCGCAUCCCCAACGAUGCAAGCCACAAAGUUACCUCUGUAAGGUAGAGGGAUACGAUGCCUUAACUAAUAAAUUCAUCCUUUAAAAGACA